AUGUCUCAAUUAGGAAAGGAGGGACUGCUGGAGCACCUGAGCAAUCGCAGGGCAGGCCUCAUGGGCACAGGGAUGCCUGCUCCCCUGCAGACUUUGCCUGAGGAAGGCAGUGCGAGCACCACCCGCAUCCCGUACUCGGAUGCCCAGCUGGCGUCCCGCAUUGCAUGGCAGCCCCUCCCCCUUGCCCGCCUGGUGGAGGCCCUGCUGCCCCUCUUCAGCGCCCCAGGGUCAAACGGCGCUCGCAUGGGACAUGACGUGCUGAUGAGUCGGAUCUGCCUCCUGGCCGCCAGGAAGAGCUUUGCUUCCAAGAAGAGCUUGGACCCUCUGCUGAAUGCCUUGGAGGACACCAGCUCCGAUUGCCUGUGGCGGUGGGACCUCCGAGAAUCGCGCUUGCUGCCGCAUGGCCUCAGGGCACGAGGGGCGGCUGCCAAGAAGGAGGCAAAGCUGGUCCAGGACAGUCUGACAGCACUCGAUGCACUUACCGAGGUGCUGAAGACUCAGGCCGAGGGCGACCCACCAACCGCCAAGCUGCACAAAGUCUGGGAUGCCUGGAGGAAGGCGGCUGCUGUAGCCGCAUCGCCGGCACCUGCAGAGAAGCUUUCCGCACCCAGCGUUGCUGCGGCCGCUGCCGCCCUUGCUCCCCCCGUCGAGGACAAGGCUCGACUGCAGGCAGAGAAAGACGCUGUGCGUGCAGCGGAGAAGAAGGCUCGGGAGGAUGCCAAGGCCGCUGCCCUGCAAGCCAAGGUGGACCUGAAGGCUGCCAGGGAGGCAGAACGAGCCACGGCCGCCGCCGCGGCAGCGGAGGCCCGGACCCAGGCGCGCGCCGAGCGCGAGGCUGAGCGCGAGAGGCAGCGAGCGGAGCAAGAAGCGGAGAAGGAGCGGCAGCGUGCCGAGCGCGAAGCCGAGCGGGAGCGCCAGAGGGAGGAGCAGGAGUUGGCCAAGCUGUCCCGCAAGACCGGCUUCAAGGACGGCCAGGAGCUAGGGAAGGCCCGCGACAUGUUCAAGAGCUUCUUUGGGGGAAAGAGCCCCGGCCCCGCCAGCACCCCUCCCAGCAGCGGCAGGGGCGCCACGGUGGACCUGACGACCCCCGCAGCCGCCGGCUCCACCCCCGCCCACGCCAGGGCGACCCUGGUGGGCCGGCGCCUGAGCAUGGCUGGCACCCCCGGCGCUGCCGGCCCUCGAGGGCUCACCCCCAAUACUGGCGGCCAGCCGGCCGCCAGGGAGAGGGGGUACGCGGAGCUGUUCCUGAAGCCGGAGGGCGAGCCUGGGGCUGUUCCGCCACCGGCGCGGGGCGACAGCAUGGACGCCGAGCUGGCGAGGGGCCUGGGCGAGGCCGAGUCGGAGCGAGCCUUUGGCGAGUGGCUGCGGUACCACCGCCUGCGGGACGACGGCGUUGACCCGGCGCAGGUCCGCACCUGGCGCCGCAAGCUGCUCUGGUUCCCCGCCGACUCGGCGAGGCCCGCCUUCCACGGCUCCUGCUCCGGCGCGCCGAGGGGCGGCGUGGGGCCCCGCAGGCCCUGGGCCCGUGACCCUGUCUUGGACUACGAGGUCAUGUCCGACCUGGACUGGGAGGAGGAGCCGGAGGGCACCUCCCUGUCUGGAGACGACGAGUCCGACACCGGAGGGUGCGGGGAGGAAAGCGACGCGGAGGGCGGCUCCUUCAUGGUGGCAGAUGGGUACCUGUCGGAGGACGAGGGCAUCCAGUGGGGCGACGAGUUCGGGGUCGAGGACGCGGCGCAGGAGGUCGCCUCGUCAGACAUGGCACGGCUGCGCAAGGCGUUGCAGCUGGGUGCCCUGCUGGAGAGAGCCAAGCGGGCGGGGCAGCCCCUGAUCAUCAGCAGGCUGCCACGCUGCGAGCAGCUCGACCAGGCGGGUGCCGCGGAGUCUGCGGCCGAGACCGCCGCGACCAGCGGCGGCCACCUGAGCGCCGACGUGUCGCUGCUGGACGCCUUUGCCUUUGUGCACGGCCCCUGUGCUGCGGGGGUCAGGGUGAGGGCGCCAGAGACCGGAGUGGGUGCCGGCGGGGCCGGCCCGACCUGGGAGGCCGCGGACCCUAACCAGGGGGCCAGCGGGGCCGGCAGCUCAGGCCCCGCCGACGCAGAUGCGGGCGCUGGCCGGAUUGCAGAGCCCGCGGCCAAGGGCUCAAAGCCGCGGUCGGGGGCAAAGCAGUGGGACAGGCCUGAGGAGCUCAUGCCAGAGCUACUUCGUCUGGUCCUGCUUCAGCCGGGCCAGACCAAGAAGGAGUACGUGGACGCCUUCAUUGCGGCCCACCCCGACCUCCACAUCUCCCGCGCCUGGGUGCUGGGCAGGCUCGGCGCCCUGGUGGAGUUCAAGGGCCGCACCGCAACCCUGACGCCCCUGGCCCUGGACCCUGUGAACCAUUUACUCGCUGAGUUCAACAUCGACAGGGGCACCGGCUCCGUGACUGGGCCUUCAUGCGCCCAAACGAUCACCAGCAGCACCCCCGCCCCGGAGCCCAAGCCGGCGAGGCAGCAGCGCACCCUGCCUGCAGUGCUGCGGCAGCGUGCGGAGGCGGCGGCGGCGACGCGGCCCCCCGUGCGCGACUGGGCGCAGGCACUCACGCUCGUGGAGUCUGGGACCGGGCCCGCACUGGCGGCCCUGCCCACGCAGCUGGCCGCCCUGCUCAGUCCCCGUGAGGAUGAUGCGGAGGAGCGGGGGCCUGGCGCUCCUGGUCCCAUUCCCGCCUUCCUCUCUGCGGCCGUGGUCGAGCGCCUGGCGGCCGACGGCCCUGCCCGCGAGCCAGAGACUGUGGAGCCCCUCGCCGCAACGCUGCACCUCCUCCUGGGCCGCAUCGCGGAGGGAGCCGGCGCCUGCACUCACGAGGAUGCCAGCGCCUCGCAGAUGGCGUGGGCCGCGCCGCGAGCCGGUCCCCUGGCCGCCACCCUGGAGACCGUCGCCUGCGAGGCCCGCCUGGCGCCGGCACUGCGAGCCGCGCUGCGGGCAGGCGGCGCCGCGGCGGCCAGCGCUGAGGGGUGCCUGGGCCUGCUCAGGCGGCAUCGGGGGAUCAUGGAGCGGGCGCUGCAGGGGGCCGAAGGCUUGAACCCGCUCCUGCGGCUUCUGGAGGGGGACUCUCCUCCCUGA